GUCCCGAUUGAGCGUAACACCCACAGCCACCCAAUUGUUCUUUCUAUAUCACCAAGAAGAAAAGCGUUAGAGUUGCACUCCUUACGGCUCUACUAUUCAUCAUGGCACCUUCGGAGAUUGCCAUUCUAAGCAACUUCCUCUUGACUCCAGCUCCCUUGCCAACGAUCAUGUCGUUGCAGCAGUUCACUGAGCUAUUUCCCAAGAGACUACGCUCUCACCCGCACAUCAGAGUUCUCUAUCGUGAGCUACAGGAGAUACGCGAGCAGGACAUGGAUCUAGUCAAUGAGAACAUUGACAAACAAGCAGUCCAGGGCGAACGUCAGAAAGCAGAGCUUCGUAAAUCCCUGAUGAAGACAGGCAUAGAUGGCAUCAGUGCUGCUGACCAACGCGAAAUGGAUAUGGAUGUGGAAUUGUUUGGGCAGACGAACUCAACGGCUGAUUAUCACUCAGUCUCCAGUCUUCUCGCGGCCAUGCAGACGGCCUGCUCCAACGUUGAACGCGAGGUGGUCGAAGUCGAUAAGGAGGCGAGCUCAUUGCUCUCUGAUCUUAAUGGACUGGUUGGUGAUUUAAGCGAUUUGCGGUAUGGCAAGAUGCAGGGCCCGGUGGGCAUGACAGGCGAGGAGGUCGUCAAUGAGGCCAUAAGGGGUCUUCGAAAUCUUGAAAAUGCUUGUUACCGCAACAGCUGAGCGCUUGCAGCCUCAGAAUCUUCAGUCUUCGGUCACGGUCUGCUCACGCAAGGUCCGCUUACAUCUGAGAAAAAGACAUGUCUUGAAGGCACAGUGCCGUCACAAGAAAAUUGCGUCCCUUCGUCCGCCUGAUUAACCCGUCCACAAGACUGACCAGUAAAUGUUAUCGAGCAAUUACGGUCAGCAUCAGUGAAAGCACUUUGGACGCAUGCUAUUGGUACCAAUUGAGUGGAUGGAAAGCACGAUGAAUCGGCUCCUGGAUAUCUAAACGUCGUGUUGGACUCAUUUUCG